UCAUCAGUUUCCUCCCAACAGCUGAUUGUGACGGAGCCGAGCGAACAUAACCGAACUCAGCCGAAGGGACGAGUCCGCGCUGACUGACUCCGGAUCCGCAGAUAUUCACAUUUGAAUCUAAUCAAACUACGAACAGGUUCAUUUAUUAAUCAGUUUAACAGACGCAGAGAAGAUGGCGGCUCUGUCCAGCUGGGAAAUGUGUGUGAAAUACGCGCUGUUCGUCUUUUUGGCAGGUUCUGGAGUCCUGGCCGUGGGUCUGUGGCUGCGGUUCGACUCCAGGACGGCAGGACUGUUUGAAGGAGAGGACUCGCCCACCGUCUUCUUCACUGGUGUGUACAUCCUGAUCGCCGCGGGGGCUCUGAUGAUGGUCGUCGGCUUCCUGGGAUGCUGCGGCGCCAUCAAGGAGUCGCCGUGCAUGCUGGGACUGUUCUUCCUCUUCCUGCUCCUCAUCUUCGCCAUUGAGGUGGCUGCUGGGACCUGGGGCCUCUCCAACAAAGACCGGGUGGUGGAGGACGUCACAGAGUUUUACAAACAGACUUAUUCCAACUACGUCCAAACCAAACAGGAAGCUCUGAAGGAGACGCUGCGGCUCAUCCACUUCGGAUUGAACUGCUGUGGUCCGACUGGGACGGUGAUCACUGCGGCCAAAGACACCUGCCCCGACAAGGAGGCCCUGCUCGUCACGAGUUGCCCGAACGCCAUCGACGAGAUGUUCAACACCAAGCUGCACAUCCUCGGUGGAGUCGGCAUCGGCAUCGGAGUCAUCAUGAUCUUCGGGAUGAUCUUCAGCAUGAUGCUCUGCUGCGCCAUCAAGCAAUCCAGAGACUUCGUGUGAGGAACCCCAACCCCCCCCCCCCCCCCCCCCC